AUGGAGGACAAGAGCUUGGUAGAGUAUCUUGAGCGAGAUAUCAUGAUUUCAAACCCUGGAGUCUCAUUCGACUCGAUAGCGGGGUUGGAAGAAGCGAAAAGGCUGCUCAAGGAAGCUAUCAUUCUUCCCUUGUACAUGCCCGAGUACUUCCAAGGGAUUCGAAGGCCUUGGAAAGGAGUUUUGAUGUUCGGCCCUCCUGGUACUGGCAAAACGCUGCUGGCAAAGUCAGUGGCAACUGAGUGCGACACAACAUUCUUCAACAUCUCAACCUCUACACUUGCUUCCAAGUACAGAGGAGAGUCGGAGAAACUCGUCCGUCUCCUGUUCGAAAUGGCAAGACACUUUGCUCCUUCUACAAUCUUCAUCGACGAGAUUGAUGCUCUUUGCUCGGCAAGAGGUUCUGGGAACGAGCAUGAAGCAUCGAGAAGGAUAAAAAGCGAGUUUCUCACUCAAAUGGAUGGAAUGAACACAGUACAAUCAGGGGCUGAGGAGGGAAGCAAACCCAAGACUGUCAUAGUCCUCGCAGCUACCAACUUCCCGUGGGAGUUGGACGAAGCAAUGAGGAGGAGGCUGGAAAAGCGCAUCUACAUCCCCCUCCCUGACGAAGACGCGCGACCGGCCCUGUUCGAGAUCAAUCUGCACGGCAUCGAGUUGGGCGAAGACCUCGACAUCAAGGAGCUCGCGAGGAAGACGGAGGGGUACUCGGGUGCUGACAUCACCAAUAUCUGCCGCGAUGCCUCCAUGAUGUCCAUGAGGAGAAUCACCGCGGGGCUCUCGCUCGAGGAUCUCAAGAACCUCAACUACGACACAGUCAAGGAGCCGGUGACCAUGGCGGACUUCCACGAGGCGCUCAAGAAGAUCAGCAAGUCAGUAGGAGCAGAGGAUAUUGCGAAGCAUCGCAAGUGGAUGUCUGAGUUUGGAGCAACGUAG